GAAACUUCCUGUAAAUUACAUUUGUCAAGCUCCUUCUCAGUGGUUCUUCAUUUGAGUCCAUACACUCACACACGCAAGGACACACCGUAACAGCAAACAGGCAACAUCGACAAAUAUCAUUUCAGGUAAACUCCAAAACCUUUGCUAGAAUGUCCAGCCAGGUGAUCUCAGUUGACAACGCUACAGUCGUCAUCCAAAUUAAUCCACAGAUAGGCCAAGAAAGUGCUGAAGGACAAGAUAAGAGAGGAACUUACAAUGCACCCCUCCAAAGGUUUCUUAAAGUACAACCAAAGUCACUUGGGAUUGUGCAGAUUAUGAUCGGAGUAGUGACCCUGCUGACUGGUAUUGUGCUCGCCAUUAAUAUCCAACAUUUUCUUUUAACUGUCAUCAGUGGCAUAAACUUCUGGGGAUCCUUCAUUUACAUCAGUGCUGGUUCUCUGUCUGUUGCUGCAGAAAAUAAACUCCAUUCAUGUGUGGUAAAAGCUUCGCUUGGAAUGAAUGUGGUCAGUGCCAUAACAGCAGGUGUAGCUAUUAUUCUGAUGUCCAUACAACUGCCACUUUUGGAAUAUUGUGGAUAUUACAGAGUAUAUGAUAUGUAUUCAUGUUCAGAUAUUCAGGUUUUAGGUCGUGGGAUCGUUGGAAUAUUACUGAUGUUCUCCAUCCUUCAGUUCAUCCUCUCCAUCUGCAUCUCAAGUUUUGCCUGCAAAGCCACCUGUGAUACAAACUAUUCAGUGGCCAACGUUUCAUUACACCAGAGGGUUUCAGAGAAAGAAACAUCUCCACUUAACAUGCCGCAACCACCAAGGGGAUAUUGAAAGAAUGGAAAGAAAAUACUUUUUAAAAAGAUCAUAUUUAAAAAAAAUAACAAAGAUGAUGUAUAAAAAGUAUAAAAAGUAAAUGGUCUUUAUGGCACGUGGUUCUAAUUAACAAAGUAAUAAUAACUCUAUAAUAAGUCAAUCCACAGAGAUCCUAUGAGGUCCAAAACUUUUAAAGAUUUCAUUUAACAUACAAACACGUAUUAUCAUGUUUUUGUUUUCUUGUUGAUCACUCAUUCUGAAGAGUCAGGACAAAAUAUUUCCUACAUAGAAAAGUCAUAUUUACGUAAAAAUGUAUGAUAAAUAAAAUGCAUCCAUUUAAAUAUAAUGGUCCUUUGUAAAUCCAUGUUAAUAAUGUUUUUAUAUAUCUUUUAGUUGUAAUUGAAUAUGUCAAAAAAAUGUAUGUUAGUUAGAAAGUAUAUGGAGUUCAGGAUCAAAACUACAACUGCAUCUGACAUGUUUUCUUGUAUUGUUUAUCAGGCUCUUGUGUUUAGUUUCAGUCAUUUCACUUUUGUGCCAUUGAAAAGGUUAAUAGUCAAUAAUUUAAUUGCCUUAUUUUCACAAUGUCACUUUUGUCAUUUCAUUGCAAUUUAACAAAUUUGACUGUCUUUAACUGCAAAACCCUUGCAUAAAUGCAUGCAAGCUGUUAUGGGAAAAACUUUCACUUCCAUGUCUUUGGACAAGACAAUUGCAAAAUCACUAAAGAUGCAACCUUGAAACAUUGCAAAUGAUGAAAGUCAGUGAAAAAAUAAAGAAACUGAACCACA